AGCCGAAGAUGUCGGCUCUGUCAUGUGAUCAGCUGUGUCCAAUCACAGCUGAUCACAUGGCACUGAUGAUCAGCGUAGCCACAGCAGCGCCACCUGUCAGUGUCCAUCAGUGCCAGCUCUCAGUGCUCAUCAGUGCCUCGUACCAGUGCCCAUCAGUGCCACAUCAAUGCCACAUAUCAGUGCCUACCAGUACACAUCAAUGCCACAUAUUCGUGCCCAUCUGAGCUGCCUUUCAGUGUCACCCAUCAGUGCCAGUCAGUGCCACCUAUCAAUGCCAGUCAGUGCCACCUAUCAAUGCCAAUCAGUGCUGCCAGUCAGUGCCACCUAUCAGUGCCAGUCAGUGCCGCCUACCAGUGCGCGUCAGUGCCGCCUAUCAGUGAUAGUCAGUGCCGCCUGUCAGUGAUAGUCAGUGCCGCCUAUCAGUGCCAUGUAUCAGUG